GCCGUUCCCCCGACAACGCGCGGCCGUUCCCGGGCAGCGCGCGCCCUGCCCUGCAGCUGCCGCCAUGGACGCUGGGCCCGGUGCAGCGCCUCACCCGGCUCGCGGCCGCCCCGGCGCGCCGUCCUCCGCGACGCGGGCUCCGGGGGCGCCCUGGGCGCGCUUCUCGGCCUGGCUGGAGUGCGUGUGCGUGGUCACCUUCGACCUGGAGCUGGGCCAGGCGCUGGAGCUGGUGUACCCCAGCGACUCCCGGCUCACGGACAAGGAGGUGGGUCCUGCCCUUUGGGAACGGACAUCGCCUGGGGAGCAGGCCCUCACCCGGUUUCCUGUGUUUCAGAAAAGUAGCAUCUGCUACUUGUCCUUUCCUGACUCCCACUCAGGCUGCCUCGGGGACACUCAGUUCAGCUUCCGCAUUCGUCAGUGUGGAGGGCAACGGCACCUCUGGCACCCAGAUGACAGGCACUGUGACAGCGGGGUCCCCGUGUCUCUGCAGAGGGAGCCUGCACACUACUUUGGCUACGUGUACUUCAGACAAGUGAAGGACAGCUCCGUGAAGAGGGGCUACUUCCAGAAGUCUCUGGUGCUGGUGUCCCGCCUGCCCUUUGUCCGGCUCUUCCAGGCACUGCUGAGCCUGAUUGCCCCUGAGUACUUCGACAAGCUGGUGCCCUGUCUGGAAGCGGUGUGCAGUGAGAUUGACCAGUGGCCAGACCCUAUGCCUGGGCAGACCCUGAACCUGCCUGUCAUGGGAGUCGUCCUCCAGGUGCACAUCCCAUCCAGGGCAGACAAGCCAGAAUCCAGUCCUCCAAAGCAGUGCGGCCAUGAGAACCUGCUCCCAGCCCCCGUGGUCCUCAGCAGUGUCCACGAACUGGACCUGUUCAGGUGCUUCCAGCCCGUGCUGGCCCACGUGCAGAUGCUGUGGGAGCUCAUGCUCCUCGGGGAGCCGCUGGUGGUCCUGGCACCCUCACCUGCCGUGUCCUCGGAGAUGGUGCUGGCCUUGACCAGCUGCCUGCAGCCCCUCAAGUUCUGCUGCGACUACCGCCCUUACUUCACCGUCCACGACAGUGAGUUCAAGGAGUUCACGACGCGCACGCAGGCCCCACCAAACGUGGUCCUGGGGGUCACAAACCCUUUCUUUAUCAAAACACUCCAGCAUUGGCCCCACAUCCUCCGCAUCGGGGAGCCCAGGAUGUCAGGGGACCUUCCUAAGCAGGUCAAGCUGAAAAAGCCCUCAAGGCUGAAGACCCUGGACACCAAGCCAGGCCUCUACACGGCGUACACGGCCCACCUCCACCGAGACAAGGCUCUGCUCAGACGGCUGCUGAAGGGCCUGCAGAGGGAGCGGCCUUCAGACCUGCUGAGCGCCCUGCUGAGGAGGCACCUCCUGGAGCUGACGCAGAGCUUCAUCAUCCCUCUGGAGCACUACAUGGCAAGCCUCAUGCCCCUGCAGAAGAGCAUCACGCCCUGGAAGGUGUUGUCCAGGACCCCUCCCCAGAUCCGCCCCUUCCGCCAGGAUGACUUCCUGCGUAGCCUGGAGCACUCAGGGCCCCAGCUCACCUGCAUGCUUAAGGGCGACUGGCUGGGCCUCUACAGGCGGUUUUUCAAGUCCCCCCAUUUUGAUGGCUGGUACCGGCAGCGGCACAAAGAGAUGGCCCAGAAGCUGGAGGCCUUGCACCUCGAGGCCAUUUGUGAGGCGCAGAACAUUGAGAUCUGGAUGAAGGACAAGUCCGAGGUGGAGGUCGUGGACCUGGUCUUGAAACUUCGGGAGAGGCUGGUUCGGGCACAGGGCCACCAGCUUCCUGUGAAGGAGGCAACGCUGAAGCGGGCACGGCUGUACAUCGAGAUGGUCGUCCGCUCUCUGCCCACGGACCUGCAGGUGGUCCUGUGCUCUCCCUAGCUCGGCCCGAGGGGCAUGGCCCAGGGACGUGGCCACAGGCACCUCCUUCUCCCCAGUCAAGCACAAGCGCCCCCACCCAAGUUCCUGCUGCUCCAGGCUUUGGCCUCCCGCCCAGCACCACCAUUGUCCCAGCCGCAAAGGUGACAUUUGGAACCACAGCCUGGCCCCUGACUGUCAGCAGAUCACGUGCUGGCCAGAGCCUCACCUCCCCCUGGGCCCCACCUGCCCUCUACAGGGUCUUAGGCUGGGGGUGGGGCCAGCUGUGGGCCUUGGCUGAUCUGAUCUGGGCCCAUGGCCACCUACCCCCUCCAGGUGCCCAUCUGCCCAAGCCCAGGCCUUGUAUCUGGUGGGUCCUUUGGCCCCACCAGGCUGCCCAGCCCAGGACAGGAGGAGGCAGCUGACAGGCAGACCUCUCUCCUCACACAGCCCACCUACUUGUCUUGCCUGAGGCUGGAGGAGUCCUUCCUACAGUCCUCAGCCUGGGAGGGGCAGGGCUCUGCCCUGUGGUUUGUUGGGAUGCCCCCAGGGCCCUGGUGGCUGCUGGGAGGGUCCAGGGCCUUGUCCUCGUUCCAUCCUGGAACCCCGCUCCCAGCACCAGCCCUGUCUGCUCUGUCCCACAGUGCUUCUUGGCUGACAGGCGCCCCCCACGUGCAGCCAGACGGGUUUCAGAUUAGCCCGACCAGGCCCCUCAGCUGGAGCCCUCAACAGCCACCGCAGCUUGGAGGCACUGCGCUCCUUGGCCAUUAGGGAAAGGCCCGGAGAGGUGACCCACUCCCCCAUGUGACACCUCGGAGCACUGGGCCCAGCAGUGGUUGGUGCUGUCACAGCUCAGCACAGGGUGACGGCAGCACUGUUAGCCAUCACGGGAGAGGUGUUGAGGCGAGGACCCAGAGUUGCAGGUCUUUGGGUAAGUCCAACCUUACCCAACCCCCAGACACCUCAUCUGAAAGGCAAAGCGGUGUAGACACCUGUGUGGGCCUCGGCGGCUCCCUAAGCUGGGUCCCAGCAAAGCGAGGUGGUGCAGGGUGCAGGCUGUGCCCCUCCAGCCGGAGCGCUCACUGACACCUCCACUCCCAGGCUGGGUUUGGCAGGCACUGGUCUCAGCUGUCACUGUCAGCGUGUCCGGCCCUGACCACAGCCUGUCACGUCCCCGUUCUACAGGCAGCUGAGCCCAGUCUGGGCCGUGACUGCCUUAACAGCAGAAUAGGGGAGGGAAGGGAGCGAACCCAUUUUUGCAGAAGACACAAGCUGGAGAUCCUGGAGUGAGGAAGGACCUUGUGGGCCCUGAGUGCCCCUCUGGACAGAGUGCCUCUCUGGAUAGCUUGCCCUGGCCGUCUGGUCUAGAGCCCAAGGGCCAUGGCUGCCAGGCAUGUGGGUGGCUUGGGAAACUGGCCGGACCCCCUCAUGACUGCGAUGCCAUCCGUGAGGGGUGUGCCCCAGCUGUCACCCCAGGAUGUUGCAUGUGACAGGGAGCUGGGGGACCACAGGCUGCGGGGGGGGCCCCUCUGGGAAGCCCCCUGGGACCUUUGCCACCAUCAGUCCAGGAAGGCACAGCCAGACUCCCCUGAUGCUGGGUGUCCUCCCUGAGGGCUCUGGUUUUGUCCACAUAGCAGUCCUUCACAAUGGCCUGUCCUCAGGAUAGCUGUGGGGGCUCCAGGGAGGGACGCCUGGCAGGGUGGGCAGUGCUGCCAAGGACAGAAUCCAAAUCUGAAGGAGAAAGGAAGCCCCUACGCUGGAGAGCCUGAGGCCAUGAAGGGUCCCUCUUCCUCUGGGUACAGUGCAGCCUGGGUGGGGGAGCUAGGUAUGGAGUCCUGCCAGCUCCACCCUCUCCCCGAGGAGCCCCCGUGUCCCUCUCAGCAUCAGGUUAACUGUAGCUUGGCUGAGUCUCUGUCUCCCCACCUGGAUGGAAGCAGGCAGUGAGGGGAGAGGAGGGGGCAGGUGGGUCAGAAAAGGCAGAGCUCCCCCCGCCAGGGUCCCGGGGGGGAAGGAGGGCCAGAGUGUGAGGCCGCCUGCAUGUGGGGGCUGCGUGUGGGCCUGGGGUGGUGGCCCAGGAUGGGGGUGGAUGGAGGACAGCAGUGGGCUGCUGCAGGGACAGGAAGGACAGGCUUCGCCCCUGAGCUUCCUGCACACUAUUUAAAGACCCUUUUAGUCUGGGAUGAUGGCCUUCCCACAUCUUUGGUAUUAAAAUGCCCUUCUGUGACACAA